CUUUGUCCAAGAGGUUGGCUUUCAAGUUUUCAUGGCGGAUGUUUCAAAGUCCAUUCCAAUCCCCUGGACUGGAACUCAGCAAAAUCCGCGUGUGAAGCACUAGAAUCAAGCCUUGCCUUACCGAAUUCGAAAGCUAAAUCACGAGAAUUUCUUCAGUUGUUCAACGGUGCAGGUGCGAGCAACGACUUGUGGAUUGGUUUAUACAGGGAUCCCAAAAACGAGCGACGAUGGCUAUGGGUCGAUGGGUCAACCGCUUAUUUCACUUUCUGGCAUACUGGAGAACCAAACAAUCUUGGUAACGAGGAUUGUGUCGAAUUUAGAAUGAAAUCAGGGAAAUGGAAAUGGAAUGAUAUAGCAUGUGGUAACCAUCGUCCUUACAUUUGUGAAAUCAAUGGUAAGUACAACAUCCUUCAUGAACAGAUAUACAAUUGAUGGUUUGAAACUGGUUUUAAGCCCAGGGGGUGCUCAACAAAUGUUUAUACGGAGAGGCUCCGUCCCCGAGUUUUCACGAAAAAGUUACCCCUUUCGUAUACUUUCUAUUGACAAAUCGUACAUCUUUACAUCUGUUUAGAACUUUGCAUCCCUUUUAACUGCUGUAAAUGCACCGUCUGUUAAAUAGGAAUCAAUCACAAAAAUAGUACGUUUACUCCACCUGUCAAAGCCAUAAAAUUCAUCUGUUAGCCCCUUUGGGCCCUUUUACAGACCCAAAUGACAGAUUUCCCUACCCUUUCAUAUACUUCUACAAGUAAAAUCCCUACCGUUUUGUAUAGCUGAAGCCUGAAAAAGGUACCCCUUAAGAGUGGAGCCUCCCCGUAUAGGCUAUCAUAGGGAGUAUGCCCCCCGGGGUCUUAAGACAAGACAUAGGGCUUCAGGUCGCCCAUAUUUACUCUGGCCUGGGAUGUUCUGGUUGCUGCGGUAGGUGAUAUUAUCACCAUGUAGGGUUGAGAUACAGAGUGGAAUAUAACAUCACCGCGCUUUAAUUGUGGAUGUGCACUGUGGCAAUUUGUAAUAAUCAUCGCGCUUUGUAAUGCCUUUUUAGAUUUCGUGUUCAAUAAUAGAUCACAGUGGUAAAAACAGCAAAGAGGCACAUGCACGAGACUCAGACGAAUAAAUCACUGAUGUUUUUACCACAUUUUGACGCAUUCUUUGAUCUCAGUAUUACUGAACAGACCCAUUGCAACAUGGAAUCUGUUUGUUUUAUACAAUGAUCAGAAAAGAAAAAAACCACAAACUAAUGCCUCGUAACGCUUGACUGUUCGAGGAUUUGUAGACGUGUCCAGCUAAAGCAUUUUCGUAGUCACAAACUGUUCUUUUAGUCUAUGCUUCCUAUUUUCCGAUGUAAUCUCACCACUAUAUAGUUUAUCCCAAAAGUCUGUCAAGGCCUCCAUUUGCUCAAAGCAGAAUAAUCGCGGAGACAUUUCGAAACUGCGAGUCUGUUGCAGCAAUGCCACACGAUGGCAGACUUUUGUGAAGAUUUCUUCCAGUUUAGGCAUGUUCAAGUCGUCAAGACCUGUUUUUGUCUCGGUUUGUCCGUUUUUCCAUCGGCCGUUUUUAUACUAAGGACGCAUUAUCCGUCUGGACGAACUUGGGCAAACAUUUUUGUAGUUUGUCUGUUUAAGCGUCUUUAGCAUAAAGACGGGCACAAGACGGAUGCACUACGCAUCCAGACUAACUACCUUUCGUAGUGCGUCUUUCAAGACGUAUUUCGAAGGAAAGUUCGUCCAGGCGCAUAAUGCGUCUUGUGCCCGUCCGGACUUUAGACGCAUAACCAGACGAACAAUAAAAUGUUUUCCCAAGUUGGUGAAGACGGAUAAUGCGUCCUCUAGUAUAAAAACGGCCAAUCUUUAGUUAUCACACUCUCUUGCUAUGAGAUUCACUUUUGAGGCUCUUUUAUGACACUUAUCGUGACAUAUCGCCUCGUUGUUAUCAUCCGAUUCCGUUUUUAUUGUCGUACCAUUCAUAAAAAUAUCGUGUCUUGGCUGCUUUGUUUGUUACUAUUUUCCAGGGGCUACCAGAAAUUUUUAUAAGAAGCGCUAUCAAGGUUUAGCAUGCUUAUUUUGUGAUACACAUUCACUUAGGGUGUGUUCCUUUCGGUGAAUCCAAAAACGGAUUUAAGAUCUAAGAGCGGAUUUCGCGUUCCUUUCGGCAAAUCCAAAUCCGGAUUUUUAAUCUGGUGAAUCCUUUUUGAAAAAGGAUUCAUUGGAUUUGAAAUCCGAAGAAUCCAAAUCCAGAUUAACGGAUUAGUGAUCUACGCUGUUCCAUUCACAGUGGAUUCGAAAUUAGUCAGAUGAUCCAGCGGUAUUUCCAGGUGAAGUAUUCCCAUAGAGGCCGUAGAGUUUCCUCGUUGCUGUCAUUUGCCGUAAAACAUCUGAAAACAUUAGAAGAUUGUUCCUGGUACAUUAAAAUAUCCAUAUACUAAUCAUUUGUCUCUAAAGAUUGCUUGAAAUCAGAAAUAAGUAAGAGUAACAAAUGAACUGCUAUCUAACUACAAACUCGCUUGUAAACGCGACAGGCACUCGAUCGUGUUACAUAAAAGAAUCCGAGCUAUGGAACUGGAUCAAACUGGCUGACAUUCUUUAGAUAAUUUUCAAUUUUAAUGGGCUUCUUUCUUUGUCUGUUUUAUAUGUUCCAUCGUCGCUAUUCGAACUGCCGACCACUGAAUUCCGCACGGUAUAAUCGCAUAAUUUGUCAAACAGUAGAAAACACGUCAUUUUUUGAGAGGCUGUCGUGCAUAUUGCACGCGUUGGCGAAAGGUUACCAAGGUUACAAAUCCAAUUUCGGAUUUCACGUUCCUUUCGACCGCGAAAUCUGGCAAAUCUAGGAUCAAAAAUCCGUUUUUGGAUUCGCCGAAAGGAACACACCCUUAAUGAGUUUAUGACCACCAUGGAUGAACUAGGAAUUACUGUUACUUACUGUUAAUGUUAAAAUGACUGUAAAAUGGAAACAGAGUGGGUUCCACUAAAAUAUCAGCAACAGAAACUCAAGCGAUGAAGUUUUAUUGUAAAGGUAAUUUACUUUAGUGUGCAGAGAAACGACAUUUUUUUUGCAUCAAUUCAACUUCAUGAUGCGGCGAGACGACUUUACUUCUUUGCAGCGAAUCGAUUUCAUUAUGCAGCGAAUUGUAGCGAAACGACUGUCCACCACUUAGAAACCCAACAGCUAGUGUCGAUUUCUUCUUCUUCUUCUUCUUAUGAUUAUGAUUAUGAUUAUUAUUAUCAUUAUUAUCAAUAUUAUUAUUAUUAUUAUUAUUAUUAUUAUUAUUAUUUUCGCAACUGCAAAAGUUGCCUCUAUAACUGCGAUGAUUUACUUUCAUAUAAUUCUUCACCCCGCAGUUCACAUACGUGAUUUGCGUAUAUUCGUAACUUCAUCAUCAUCCUUUCACGGGUUUAUAACGAAUCAAUUCAAUGACCUACUCCCAGUUGGCUUGUUAGCUCAGUGGGUAAGAGCGCGGCACCGGUCUCGCAGAGGUCCUGGGUUUGGAUCAAGUACAAGUCUGAAUGUUUUUUUCAGGCUUUCUUUUCGCAACUGCAAAAAGUUGCGUCUAUAACUGCGAUGAUCUACUUUCAUAUAAUUCUUUCACCCCCCAGUUCACAUAUUUUCAUACAUUCAUAAAUUCAAAGGUAAGCUAUCUUCCCUCUAAUGCUCUCUCUAGUGUGUCAUUACGAUCCUUACAUGAAAAUUUAUUCUCGCUGUCUAUUCGCCCCUGAAUUUAUCGCCUGACAUAAUUCAGAAAAAAAGUAAUAACGCUGCUCACACUACAUUUCUUUAGAACCAUUGAUACUGUUUUGGCCUAUAAAGUUACCGCUUAGUUGAGCCGGAAAGAAAUGAGUCCUCCCAACAGGAGUCGACCUUCUGGUGACUUUUCCAGAUGCUCUAACACACGGGAAACUCGUAAGAGUUAAAAACAGUAGACUGGGUUCAUUUAGGAGCCUGGUUUAUUUGAAGAGGUUCUUUCCGGCCAGAGGUCCACCUCUAAAUUUUGCGUUUUGGAAGUAUUGAGUGCGUGGAAAGGGGACAGGGGGUCUAAACCUCCCGUCUCCCGUACCUUGCAUAUCCGGCUUCCUCCUUUUUUUUUCUUAGCUUCUUCCCUUUAGCUAUUUUUCGAUUGCGUAAUAUUAAGCAUUGUUCAGUAAUUUCCAACUAUUUCUUUUGCCUCUGUACCUUUUUUCUCCCGCCUCCCCCACCCCUUUCGCCCCUUUUCUCCCGUGUUCCAACCCCACUAUCCUUCCCCACAAGUGUAAGCAGCCUAAAGCAUGUAAAGAUAUUCGUUAAGGGAAACCAGGGAAGUGAACGGAAGCUGUAGACAGUCAGUGGAUGGUGGAAUUUAUUAUAUUCAGAAAGAAUAUAGCUGGAGCUGUCAGCUCUUAAAUCUUUUUACGGUGAGAAAUCAAGUUUACGAUCUCCGUCGAUAAAACUAACUCCCCCCCCCCUCCCCCACGCCAAAACCUCUGCGGCGCCAAAUUUCCGAGUAAACCUUGCGAUAUUAAAAAGGGCGUGUUUUUUUUUCUCGAGGGAGCGCGAAAAUCACCUAAAAGUCGCCUCCAAAGGAAAAAAAGGGACAAGGACCGCCUUAUCACUAGUUAUUUCCGAGUUAAACUACUCAACCGGGUCCUUAAUUUCUAAGUUGUAAGUUAGAAACUAAGAAAAAUCUUGGAGUGGGAAAGUACAGGCGCGCUUAUUUUGAAACACUUCGAAAUGACCGACGUGAUAUUAAAUCAGCAGUGCACGAAAAAUUUUUAGAUUAACACCAAAUAUUUGCUUGAGGCAAAUAUGAUGCAAAGAAGUGCAAACUGCAGGGUAGGAGGAAAUCAGGGUGAGGGUAAAUACCGCAACUGAAUCCUAGUGUACAACAUACGGUUGCAAAUUCAGGGGCAAAUGCGGUAUUUACCAACUUUGCCCCUAAUAUAAUUUCCUCCUAGUUUGUACUUUUCAGUAUUAUGUUUGCCCUGAGCAAGUUUGGUGCAAAUCUUAUUUUAUGCGAGGUGAUGAAAUAUUUAGAAACUUGACAGGAUUUUAAAGUGCAAAGAUGUAUCUCAAAUCUGAAUUUAGUGCCUAAUCUGUAAGCAUAAUAGGGAAUCAGCGCAGUCAUAAACUCAAUUGAAGAAAUUACAAUCCUGACCUCAAUUUUUAUAUAAUUAUCUUUUAUAGGUUGCCCUUUAAAUUGGGUUUCAUACCAAUUUACUUGCUAUAAAUUAUCCUCCAGUACCCUGGAAUGGAUCGCGGCAAAAUAUGUUUGUGAAGCACUCGGAUCUAAUCUCGCAAUAUUGGAUUCGCCAGAUGAACAGCAAGAGGUUCGCUGGGGAGUACGGACAUGGAUUGGUUUGCACCGUGACUCAAGUAAUAAGUCACGCUGGCAAUGGAUUGAUAGCUCGUUAGCGGUUCGACUAAACUUUUUUCCUAACAACCCAGACAACUCGGGAGGCACAGAAGAUUGCGUAGAAAUGUAUCCGUCAAGGAAAUGGAAUGACUUGAACUGUAAUAAGCCUCUUCAUUAUUCUUGUGAAGUGUCCUCGGGUAGGUCACGUUAGUUAUUUUCGGACAACAAGAAAUGAAAUAGUUUUAUAUUCAAAGAGACGUAUCUCAAAUGUUUACUGGCAUUUUUUUUUAAAGAAAAGUCACAAUGGUGUAGAUUGAAAUAAUAAUAGCUCCUACAAGACUAGCCUAGUAUUUUAUAUUUGAUAUUAUUAUAUAGACACGAGUGUUUUACUGGAAAAUAUACUUCUCGUAAAAUUCAUAAAAACUACAUCUGGGACCCGUGUGGUUUAUUUUCCAUAAUCUCACACGUGAGUUUAUCGAUGACGUAAUUUUGGUAAUUUCCCUCUAUUAUUUUAUCGAUGUCGUUUUGUCUAUAUAAUAAAAAGAACAUUACAGGGCGGCUUGAAGAUAUGAAUUUAUUUUCUCCUGGCAAAAACAAUAUUUUACUCACCUCGCUGCCCUCGUUCGUUAAAUAUUGUUUUGCCACUCGAAAAUAAUAUUCAUAUCUUCGCGCCUCCAUGUAAUAUCCUCUAUGUAACUAAUGCUAUACACUCGUGUAGCGCAUUUUCAAAAGUUACUUUUUAGUAAGGGGGCUUACCUACCUAUUUAUAUUUUCUACAAACACACACACACAAACUCUUUAUUGUCAUUAAGUCGCUGUUAUUCGUCUGCGGUAAUUGCCCAAUAGCGGUUUUCUGGAGGAUUGGAUAAUAUUUUACCAGAUUUGUGACACGAUUGCAUGACGGUUUUAUGUUCGAUUCUGCAGUAAACACAGCCUCGUUCCCUGGGUCUUCUCCUGCUCUCCGGAAUUCGAAUAAGAGAGACGCUCCGGAGAAAGAGUAGAAUAGGACCCUGAAACUAGGUUGCAGCAAACUAACUUGAAGGCGAAUCGCGAAUUUAACUGAAAUCAAGGACACAAAUAACUCCUCUGCGAAAAAGUAUGUUGCUAAAACGUCCUUACGUCCACGAGCACAAGGCUGGUGACCGCAUGGUCGGGCAGGCAGCGAAAAGAAAAGAGUGAUUUUUUUUUCUUUUUUUGGUUGGAAGAAGUUUCAUUCCAUUGUGUUGAGUAUUCUAAUGAAUUUGAAUUAAAAAGACAACAAAUGAGAAGAAAAAAAAACAGCAACAACAAAAAACAGAAAUUUCAAUUAAUGAAGAGCCUAAAUUGAGGAUCAAGUCCCAGAUAACAGUUAAUUAUUAUUGCGUUAGACAAAAGCAAAACGCGGUUAUAAACGUUUUGACACAUUUAAAGGUCUAAGUGAACUACUAUUAGUGUCGUGAUUGUUUAUCUCCUUUAAUUUUUAAACUUUCUUUAUAUCUCCUCUUUUAAAGGAUUUACGUGCCGAAAACUCUCCUCCUUAAAUGAGGUACAAAUUUUGCCCGACAGUUGUGUUUUAUACAAUCAAAGAUACCACUCAAUUUGCUCAUUUUCCUGCGUUAAUGGAAAACAAAUUAGUGGCCCCUCAUCUGUUCGGUGCGGAAUAAGAGGAUACUGGAGCGAGGAAGUGAACGAAGUCAGUUGUAAUGGUUCGUAUAAUUCUAAUUUUUGUUUCUUACUUCUUUUUACCCUUGUUUUCUCUUGAUGUUCCAUGCAGCGUUACAAAAAUAAUGGUGAGGAUGUUGUAAAGGAAUUUGAAAGGGGCCGGUCGUUUAUUACGUCCCGGGGGAGGGGGGGUGCUCAGAAAAGUUUGGUGUAUCAAAACUUUACCCCCCAAAAUAAUUACAUAUGAAAUUUGUACCCCCCCACCCCUGGCAAAAGCGAUUUUUAAAAUGCGCACCCCCACCCUCCAACCCCUUCUAGAUCAAGUCUCUUCUUCCAUCCUUGGGCAUUGAUUUCACUAGCUAUAAGAUACAAGUAGUUGGCAGCGUAGCGUGAGAUUUUGAAGGUUCACGCGGGGGAAGAAAAGUUAUAGCGCCGAAGACGCCCCAAACCUGGGGCAGUCUGGUGGCAUGCUCCCCCAGCAGAAAAUUUUUCAAUUUGGGGUCUCGGAAAUGCCAUCUGUUGCGUUUUCUGCAGGACAUUUUCAGUAAAUAAAGACGAGGGAAAAUGCAGUCAUUAGUUGUUUAUUUUACCCAUCUGUCUCUAGUGUUAUCGGUAAUCCUACGGACUGAUUACGGCAUCAAGGUCGUUACAAGCAAAGGGCGAGAUGUGUACCCUUCAGACGCGCAAACUCUGUUAUGAUGCCAUCAAUAUCAGUGGCGGAUCCUGGGGAGGGGCCAUCGGGGGCCCGGGCCCCCUUUUUUCGACCAAAAUGAGACCCGAACCCUCCCCUCCUCCCCCUCCCCGCCUUAUCUGAAGGUCUGGAUCCGCCACUGAAUAUCAAUUACGUCCUUGUGCUUGUGUAUAUGCAGAAUUGCAAGAGAGCUCAAUCUCUCGUCUGUCAUGGUCUUUCGUAAAGGAGUCUGCCGGUCUCUUCAUACCGCAAAAGCUACGCUCAGGUGUGCACAGGAUAAGUCAACAAAGUUAUGAGAGCUACAUUAUACUCCGGGAUAGAAUAGUAGAGUUGGCUUGGUCAAAAGUCUCAACCAAGGUCUGUGGCUUCAAAUUCGGAUCCAUUAAACUCCACUUAACCAGUAAAAGGAUAAAGGAAAUCCUAAGACAAUUAUCCCAAUUUAAUGAAAAAAAUGGUUUCAGGAGAUAAAAAAAAAAAAAAUCUAUAUACAGAUUUCAGCUGUAUGCAUAGGCAUAUGUGCGUACAUGCACGCUACAUUCCUGGAAGUAGAAAUAGCUGAUAGCUGGUUUCUGAGCCAAGCUUUAUACGGGUAACAUUUUGUUGUUGACAAAGAACCGCCGAAGCAAAUUUUUUUGUCUACUUUUGAAGGAAACGUGGAUUUGCUUUAAUCAUAAUAUAGUCUGACAACUUUUACAUAGAAAGCCAGUCCUGUAUCUUAAUAUUUCGACCCCCCUCACAUUUUAUGCAUUUUCAAAAUAAUUGACCCCCCAAAAUCAAGCCUCUUAGAAAAUUGUACCCCCCAUCAACCGCCGCCACCCCCGAGACGUAAUAAGCGAUCGGCCCCUUAAAGCGCGAAGUCACCGGUUAAUAUUGGUCCAAAGAGGAACGAGCUAGGGGUAAUGUUACCCAGUACUUUAUUAAUAAACAAGUAUAUGAAAUUAUUUUUCAUCACAGGAAACAAAACACUUCCGAUCUGCAUCCAAGUAUAUGUAACAAUGCCCGGUGCAGUCAGGCCAUAGAAUCGACGUGGAACAUGUUAACUCAUUAUCAAAUUUUUAGAAAUAGCUUUUUUUGGCUUUUUCAGAAGGCGCUAAAAUUGUCAGAGAAAGAAGGCAUCUAUCAUUUCCCUCCACACAUAUCUGAGAGUUUUAGGUGCAGCCUCAAUGAAAACUACGAUUAGAAAUUAGAACAAUUGGAUUAAAGGGUCUAGUUUUAUCGUUUGUCGCACGAUUGUCACUUUGCUAUUGAUCACGACGUUUCGACCGCACACUGCAGGUCUUCAUCAGGCGAUAGUAUCGAUUUACUGAGUCGAACUUUUUGUACCACCAUGGUUGUUAGUGAUUUGUGUAUCACGAAACAACAAUUUGCAAGACGUCACGUCCGCCAUAUUGGUUUGUCAACACGAUCAAACGGCGGCCAUGUUGGUGUGACAAACCAAUCCUGUGGGAGUUGAAUUUUUUUCUUAGGUUAAAACUUUCUAUUGUUUCAAUUUGCAUAGCCGCUGGCCACGUAGGUGAAAAGUAUAACGCUCUAUACCAAAACAUUGUGAACAGUAAAAACGUCGCCCCGACGAUUUUUUUUUGUCAGACCCAGUUCAAACGUGGAACUUUUCAUUACCGAUCCAAAUCCUUCAGUUAAAUACAAGAAAAAGAUUGACUUUUGAAUCAAUCAAGUUCGAUAUAUCUAAUUUGGAUCGAACCAUAAAUUAAUUCGAACGGCGGACAUGAGAGUUUCGACUUAUAGGAGCGACUUCGUUUCAAACGUCGACUGACUUUUCAUGUGCCGAACCUAAUGCAUAAAUUACUAUUAAUAAUUUAUUUUCACUGGUAAAUGUUGUAGACCAUGUACAUUUUGAAAAUGAAUUGAGUCCGACUAAUUAAGUUCGACUAAUUAAUAGGGUCGGCCCAAAUGGCUAUUAGUCCUCUUCUUUCCCAUUCGUCCUCAGUGAAAGAUCCUUUUAAACAUUUUAAUGUAUUUGUGUCACAACUCUUAAAUAAAGCAUGGCGACUUUUAUGGAAUUUUCAUUGACAGAACCACAUCCAUUGAUUUCCAAGUAGCACUCAAUCUUUGUGGUAUUACCUUUUACUUUCUUUUGUUAUUUAGAAUGUCAAGAGGCUCUGGGUAUGGAGAAAGGAGCGAUCUCUGACGGACAGAUUAUUGCUUCGUCACACCUUGAUGCCAACCAUGAAGCCAGCCAGGGUAGACUGAACUUGAAAGGAUCGUGGUCAGCUUUCGCUAAUGACGCUGAGCAAUGGCUACAGAUUGAUUUAGGUACCAAUCCUGUCACUGUCACACGGGUGGCAACGCAAGGAAUUAAUUUCCAGAGCCAGUGGGUAAUAAAUUACACGCUGAAAUAUAGCGACGACGGUCUGAAUUUCCAGUUGUACAAACAACAGGGACAAAGUGAACACAAGGUUAGACACCCGGCACUGCAGACAUUUAUAUUGUGCGGAGUAUGUUACUUUUUUAAUGAAGUGAUUGUUGCUUGUCAAAAAAAAAUUAGUAGAUACAGCAAAUAGCUGACCCGGCAAGGAAACAAAAUAGAGUUCAGUAAUCUGUUUCACUGAAUGUAACCCUUAAACCCAAAAAAGUUAUUAUCAAAGUAAUCAUCUUGUGAGUUUCGAGAUCUUAUGCAUCGGUAGCCUGAAUUUCAUCCGAUUGCUUCGAGUCGUUUUCUCCUCUCAGCAGCUUCUGAAUCGACCAGCCGUUAAUGCUGUCCAGUGACGUCACUAUGCUACCCGAGAACAGGGUAGUGAUUUUGAUUGAUUGAUUGUCUAAACAUUCGCAUAAUUUAUGUAUAAUUAUGAGAAAUUUUAGCGAGAUUGUCGCUUAUUCCGGGUAUUCAGCGGAUCGCAUUGGUGGAUUAACGCUUGCUUGGAGUUCAAACAUUUCGAUAAUCUUUAUCUGUAGUGCGCGAUUCAUUCAACCAAAACUCCGACCGGUCCGACCGGGAAAAGUGGUCCACCUCAAAAGGUGGACCUGUCUUUUCGAAACUUUUCUGGUUGGACCAAAUCGAUCCAUUGAGUUUUGGACCCAAAUUUCCGGAAAUUUCGGUUGAAUGGAUCGCGCCCGUAAACAGCAAAAUUGCCCUGGCUUGUCUUCGAAACUUAAUUGCUAAAUUGAACUGCGAAUGAAGAAUCAUUGCGGAGAGUCGGUAGGUUUUUCAUUUAGAGCCGCUUUGUGGUUUCGGCAGUGAUUUUGUUUAUGAGAAGUUUCUGAGACCAAUAUCAUGUUGUCAUUCGGUCUUCUUGCUAUUUUCACCGUCAAGUGUAAUGAUUCUGUUAGCUUUUCUAUCUUGUUUCCUUGUUUUCUUUUUUAUUCGUUAAGGACAAAAUAGCUUCUUUUCAAUUAAAGGGAAUUGUUGUGUUUUUUAACUAAGUGUUCCGUGUGUGUAUUUAUUUCAUUGCGUGAUUGCGACCGAGUUUGAAUUACAACUGGUUCAGAGUACUGCAUGCAGUUGAUAGUUUGUACGUUACAUGAAUUACCUUCGAAAAAAGUAAAGCAAUUCUGUCAGCUGUUCUGUAUCAUGUAGACAUUUCCAAACGAUAUUUCUUGGUUUGCCACUUGAAAAUCGUGUUUUACUUUUUGCCUUAAUUACAGCAAAGGAGUAGUGACGUCACUGGUCGACAUUAACGGCCGGUUCUUUUCAGACGUCACUGAGGGAGUAAUAACGACUCGAAGUAAUCGGAUGAAAUUCAGGCUAGUGCAUUGGUUACCCCUUCAUUGGUAAAGUGUACUUUGAUCUUCGUCAUUCGUCACCAUACUUAAUCUCCUCAUUCAACUCCCUCUGAGGAGUCAGUCGGGGUGAGUGGGGCUGAAAAAAGUUUCCAGCACCGAGCAAACAAGAUGAUGGGUAUCAUUUGGGGUCGAGGAUAAUUUGUGGUCCAUUUUAGCCAUCCUUUUCCUUUUGGGUUGUCGUGGUCGGGGCUCAUUUGCGGUACUGUACAGUUCCCCAAAAUAAUUUUGAAUUUCACUCUGUUUUCUAAAGGAAAUUUUAAUUAACAUGUUCCCGAAAAUUCAAUGUUGUCAGCUUUCCGGAGUUUCAAGCAAAUAGAGUUGUAAUUGGGGUCAGGCCUAACCUGUUGCAGAACCUGAAAAGGUAUCCGGGCAAAGCGUAAAGAAAAAAUAGUCAGCAGUUCUUUGGAGGGAAGAAAACGACCUCAGGCCCCAGUCUACUCGCAACCAAGUAACAACCAACUGCAAAAGACCAGAGAAGCAGCAAAAUUGUCGAACAAUAGAAGUCUAAAAGCAAACGUUUAUUAAAAUGAUAUUAUUUUCAACUAGAAAAUCAAUGUCCCCCUGUUACUGGAAAGACUCAGCCGUUAACCUGUUCCCUAGACGCCAUUUCAGGAUACCUCUUCAGUUUUUUCUAGAAGUAAAUGGUCAAGGUCUCUUGUUCCCCAAAACCUCUGCCAGAUACUCAAAUUUCAUGUUCAUAGUGUUUGUUUUAAAAACAAUCCUAUUUGCAUCUCCAGAUACUAUUAUUAACAGCUUUCGUCAGUAUUAGAGCUUACGUCUAGGUGUGCAGGGACCAAGGGUGUUAUGAAAUUCAGUGCCUAGCGACAGAAAAUGUCACCCUCCGAUUGUGAAUAGCAGUCAAAUGGAGCCAAAACCGCUACUAAUUGUCCAUCUAACUACUGUUUUUGUUUUGUUCUGGUUUUUUUUUUUUGGUGUGCUUCAGGUGUUUGUUGGCAACACAGACGAGAAUACUACCGUUUAUAACGAACUCAAUGAACCGAUUGUAGCACGCUACACACGUUUUCAACCAACAGCUUGGCAUAACCACAUAUCAAUGAGGGUGGAACUAUAUGGCUGCAAAGGUACUUUUCGUUGGUAACAUCCUUCUUUUGUGGAAUUCGGAAAAAAUACAAACAAAUUCUUGUUUAAUUUAUCACUUUUGGCGGCCUUUACUACUUUACUGCUAAUAUUAAUAUUUACAUUUACCGUCAUGGCGUUUCGUGACCGCUAAAGAAACCUAUUGAAGAAACCUUUAAUUCUGAUACUUUGACUUCGGCGUGACUUCAUAGAAUGCCCAAGAUAGAAAAGAAGGAAUUCAUGACUCAAGUUGUUCCUAUGCAUUGUGGAGACCCUUUGGGAAAACAACAAACAAUAACAAACACACAAAAAUAAAGUUCAGACGAAGUAAGAGAUAUUUCAUUUCACAGCUUUGUUAUGGAGCGUUGCUCUCAGAAGCGUUGAGUCUCGCUUGCUUGGAGAUAAGAUAACAAAUGAGGAGGCGAUUAGACCGCAAGCGGUCGUCCUUCUUUCCUAAGGGCCACGCUCGGCGAGCAAAAAAGUGAAAUUAUGCUCUCGACCUACUAUGACUUAAAAGAAAAAUAAGAGACUGCUCACAGUCUAGGAGGCAAUUAAUUCUGCAAGAAACAGGAUUUAGCGACGACCGGAAAUACGUUGGCGGUGGCAGGCUAUACGCGUGUAUAAAUUACACGAAAAUCAAGGGCCUUGAUUCGGGGAAAAUUACAUCAUUGCCAAACAGCCGAAAAUUAACCGUAUUCUCACCAAAAGACUCAUUUGCAUACAAUGAAAGUUUACAACACCCAACAUCCUAAUCCCCAGGGCUCUUCCCUCAAAAAAUGGGUGGGGUCGGGAAAAGGCCCUGCAUCGGCUGGUCACGUGUCCCCUCGUACACCCUAAAAUCCUGGGUGUAAUAAAUUAGCGCUAUGUAAAAAGCUAAAAUUAUGCGUAACCUCAAAGCGCGCGAUCUUGGGCGACCUUUUAUAUCCUUGACGACUAACGAAAAGUUUUACAAGCUUUCCUUUUUGUCACAGAUACUGGCUAUGGUAAUUUUUUGCUUUCCUCCGAUUUCUAUGAAGGGGAAAGCGAGUAACAUUUGUAAAACUUCCGCUUAUAGAGCGGUAUAAAUGACAAACAAGCUAUCGUACAUGCAUAAAGGUUGUACUGGGAAAGUCCGCUUUCUCGACUCUUCUGACAUUUUAUUUCAUUUCUUGCGAAGUGGGCUGCCGUACACAGCCUAGUUCUAUUCACCUUAACUCUCGGCCAUAUCAUAGCGACACUCGUUGGUUUAGACUUAUCCUGUAUGACCCGUAUUUUAAAAAAAUUCAUUGACCUCUGCGAUCAAACGACUGACCAACAAAGAAAGACUUGGGUCCAUUUAAAAUCGAUGAGAGCUCUAGUUGAUUCCAAUCGAUCAAUCAAUCUUCCCUUUAAUAUGAGGAAAAUCCUUUGUACUUAUCCUCGAAAGAGAAAAUAUAUAAGAGGUCUUCAAAUGUUUCAGACAGGCGACCUGUUAUCGUCCCUGGCAGGAGGGCUGACUUGCAUCCGGCGCGGAGAUUUGUUUGUUUCAUGGUCCGUUUGUAGAGAAGACCAGACUCCAUAAAGCAUUUUGAUGAACAAUUUUAUUUCAAUUAAGUUCAACUUUUUUAAACUCACUGCGGAUCCCGGAGGCAAAGGCCCACAUUUUUGUUUGCCAUUGGACAAAAUCACUUUCCGCUUGAUCGUACAGUAAUUCCACAGUCACGAUGAAGUUCAGAUGAAGUACUAGUUGAUAACAGCUUGUCUCAACUCUGAAGCAUCUGGCAUAUUUUGUACGUGACAACGUUUAGCCGGUACGCCCUUUCAUAAACUUCUAGCAUUUGAAUAAUGCGCAGUUAAAUGGAUCUUAAGCUUUUGAAUCGCACACACGCGAAAAAUUGACAUUUGACAAAGAAAAAAAUUGACACAGUUCGUGAUGUUAUUAUUUUCCAUUGUUACUCCCUUCUGUCAGCGCAAAACCAGCGGGUUGCAUAUAAAUUAGCUUCUCAGGAAUAUUUAGGCUGUACACGUGACCAGCCGAUGCCAGGGCCUUUUCCCGCCCCACCCAUUUUUUGAGAGAAAAGCCCUGGGGACGAGGUUGAACACCCAAACCAGUUAGCCUCACCAUCAAAGUUUUGCUAAUUAAUUUUUAUUUUUUUCGACCAUUGAAGUGUUCACUUUUUCUAAAGUAAUCAACGCUUUCAAGAAAUAGAAUUCGUGGACCUACUCGUUCCGGAAAAGCUCUAAGCCGCAUUAAUCUUUCCUAAGCUUUCUUCGCAAAACAUGCAUGGCUUCGGUUACACAACCGUUCUUAUUUCCAGUUUCCAAGGUCUCCGCUAGGAACGCCUGGGAACAUGAUCUCCCUUUUGUGUCCUGAAUACGAAGGAAAAAAAACGGCUUGCACAUCUUAUGAGUCUCGCUGCUUGCGCAAGCGAGACUAAAAAGCGUGCUGCACGUGCAAAGCUGUUGUCCUGCCAAUAAGAAAUGGUAAACGUGCAGCGUGCAACCGAAGGCAAAUGGAAAAUAAUGUUUUUCUCUUUUGAUUAUGUUACAAAAGAAAUGGUAAAUGUUGCAGCUGUGCAACCAUGGAGUUAUGGAGGCACGCGGGAGGUUGCUAAGCACGAAAGAAGCGUAAGAGUCGCACGAGGCGAUAGCCGAGAGCGAUUCUAGCUUCUUGAGUGCUUAGCAAACCUCCCAAGUGCAUCCAUAACUCCAUGGUUGCACAGCUGCAACAUUUACCAUUCCUUUUGUAACAUAAUCAAAAGAGAAAAACAUUAUUUUCCAUUUGCCUUCGGUUGAGUCAUCGGUCCGCGUUGAUGUAUGCUGCCGUCUACCCGCGCGUAAACAAAUCUUGUUCUACGUUUUUCAAAAACUUGCCUUUGAGUUUUUCUUUCGCUGAAUCAACCGUUCUCCGUCUUCAGGUAAAUUGCAAAACCUUUUGUGUUGUUAUUCCCUUGGCAUCUGUUUACUUGCUCUUAAUAUUAGGGUAAAAACUUUGAGGGAAAACUACAGCUACAACUAUAAACACCAGCUAAAGCGACUCUAAAAAAUAAGCUAAAACUAAAUAAAUGACAUAAUUAUCAAGCUUAUUUAUGUGACAAUUUUGAAAUAAACGUAAAGUAGAAAUGAGAAAAUUUGACUGUAAUUCCUUUAGAAUAACAACUAACAUCAAUUUUAAAAAGAAAUUAACUAGCUUUGUAUCGAAAGCUAUGAAAGUCAAAGUUGCAUCCGUGAAAUUCGCCGACAAACAGCCGGCGCUGAAGUUGUUGUUUUUCGACCGUUCUCUGAACGACUGUUAUGAAUGGACACUGAGGAACAAAAUAAUACACACAGAAGUUAUUUUUUGAAAAAAAAUUAUUUGAAAACCCAAAUGUUUCUUUACUCAAAUGAAAUUCGCUUAUUUCAGCUUAAUGUGCCCUUUUAAUAAACUCAACUAAAAUUUUUAAUCGAUGCGAUGAAAACUUCACAACAAAGCUGUCUCGAAUUUGAGAUUGUUUCCUAAAAUAUUUGCUUGAAUUUAGCAUCAGCUUGACCAAAAAGUCAAUAACACAAUGCUAAUUGAUAAAUUUACAUUUCAAACAGACUUUCUCUUCCAUAAAAAACACAAAAUGUACCUUAAAUCUUCGCUCGCUCGAUUUUCCCUCAGCCGAUUCUAGCCGCGAGGAAAACAGUGCUGCUUAAUUCAUCCAGGGCAAAUUUGUCGCUUGAUCUUUUGUCUUUUUUACUUCAAAACGACAGCUAAGUAUUUUCUUUAACUUCCACUUUUCAUCUGUGCAUUUCAUCUGUGUAUUUUACCGUCAGGAGAGGAGAUUUGUUGAAUUUGCUCAAAUUUUACCGCGCCAGCUCAGUUUCUUGGCGUGCACCCACGGGCAAAUGGUAGUGGCUAACUGACCAAUCAGAGCGCGCGAUUUACUUUUGUUAUGUUAUAAAAUCCUUUUGCUUCUUUGCCCCACUCGUUGCUUUUUUUGCGUAACCGAGAAAAGUCAGCCAUUGUUCUUGUUGUUGUAAUUAUUCCGUUUUAUACUCCCCGAAGCAUUAAGAGGAAUAAUGAAAAAAAAUGAUAAUUAUAAUAAAAGAUUACACGCGAUUCUACGUAUUCGUAUCCCAGAAUAAGGUUGAUCGAAGAAUCCUAAACAGGUACCCUAAACCUUCCACUCCUUACUCAAUGUACAGUAAAUUGUACUUACAUCUUCAAUAAAAACGUCAUUCGUAGGAUGUUAAACAUGUUGAAUUUACACUGUGACCACUGGGCCUUAAAAACUGGUUUCUUGUGUGUAAAGAAUUGCGUACCUUCUUGAUAAGUCGGCCAAGUAAAUUGCUUGUUAAGGCCUAGGGUGAAGCUGUUCCUGUUAACACUAUUCCGAGCUGGCGGCCCAGCCAAUAUAAUGUCCCCCUUAAAAUCGCCAGCACAAGUAGUAUGAAUAUAACAACGUGAAUUCUUUAGGUCUGAUUCAUUAUAUUUCCUAUUGAAGAAACCUUUAAGCUUGAUACUUUGGCUUCGGCGUGACUUCAUAGAACUGGCCCAAGAUAGAAAAUAAGGAAUCAAUGACACACGUCGUUCCUAUGCAUUGUGGGGAUUCUUUGGGAAAACAAUAAAUAACAAACAAGCAAAAACAAAGUUCAGACGAACUAAGAAUUGUUUCAUCUCAAAGCUUUGCUGUUGAGCGUAUACAUGCCUUUUUUCGGUCUCAGUUAAAGAGUCCUAAGCUUACGUAAAAUGCUUAUGGUUCUAAACAUUAUGAACGGAAACGGAAGACCGAAGCAUAAUGAAAUCAGAGUAGCUUAUUAUUACGGGUUUGUUUGAUAUCCCCAUAUAUUUUUACUGUUGGAAUGAACUUGUACGUUUUGUUAGGAAAACCCGUAUACCGCCGCUGGUUUCUAGAUGGCAAUGAUCCAGAUGUGAGGUUAGUGGGGUUAUACGUCUCUAGUUUGUUCAAUGUUGGGGGCGAGGCGAGGGGGGGUUGGGGGGUGGGGGGCGGAGGCUUGGCUUUUUAUGCCUUACCCCUACUUUCGUAUUUCAAAAGAUUUUAUACGACAACGACUUCCCUUCUUAGUUCUCUCUAACUCUUAAAUAAAUUUUCAGAUUAACCAUUGUCUCUUUCAUGAUGACAUCCAGGUUUCAGCAUCGCCACAAAACUUAUGCAGUUGCAUUUCUGACUGCUGCAGGUGGCAUUACACUCAUAGCGUUGACUGGUUAAUUUUUGUCUCAUAACUUAGGAUUCGAGGGUAAAAUAGUGCCUUGCAUGUUCCUAUGACAGGUAAUUCUUUUAUUCACAGCUAGAUUCUAUUCAUUGGUUUUUGUUAUCUUACAGGUAUUUUGGUACCGUUAACCAUACUGAAGGCUGGUGUCCCGGAAGCAAAGCGGCCACUUUCAGUCAGAAUGGUUCCUAUGCUACUGUCCCUAACAUUAACAUAACAACCUGUGACUUUACAAUUGCAUUUUGGGUAAAGUAUAUUGGUGUUCACGGGCCUAUAAUGGCGCUUUGGUCAAAGGGUGGAAAACUAUUUUACGUGACGGUCAAGAAUUCCCGACUCAUUCUAUCGAUACACAACACUUUCCACUUACAAAUCAAUUACUGGAAUCACGUAGCAGUAACCUGUCAGCUGCAUAAGAUCAAGGUGUUCGUUAAUGGUACGGAGGAGGCACUGAUAGACCAAUGGAAUGAGUAUUUCUUCUCAUCGUUAGGCCGUUAUCAGCCAGAGUACAUCAUAGGGAAUGAUCCGGGUUUAGUCCGGAUGCCAAUGGCAAAUGGGGUGUUUGUUGGAGCAGUCAUGGAUCUUUACGUGACUGGAAAAGCUUUAUCCGUGAAGCAGAUUGGUGACUUAAUCAAAGGCAAGAGUAGUAUCUAAAAAAAUGCACUUAAUUAUUUGAGUGUUGAUAUAUUUAGUACGAAAGUACUAACUGGGGACACUAUUUUUAUUUUGCCAUUUGCCGACGUUACGACGUCGGACAUCGAGGAGGCAGCACCAGAGAAAUCACUUACUGACUUGAGUGACGAUGAGAUUGAAAUUGAAAUUGAAAUUGAAUAAGUACUAAUAAGAGACUUCCCCGAAGGAGUUUUCUUCAGAGUUUUUUACAGAAACCUUGCUUUGUUACAUCUUCGCGUUUUGUUAUUGCCAUUUAUUGUUUUGUUCCAAAAUAAACAUACUAAACUUGCUGAAAAUGGUGAAAAUUUAGUAAGCGCCUAGCUUCGAGUAAACGCCCUCCUCGAAGCGCCCACUGUCAAGUUUCAAAAAUUAAUUACAGGCAAAUUUAAGUAACAAAAUCAAUUUUUUGUGUGCUUAUUGUCACAUUCAAGGGACCUCGGUCUCGCAGGAAUUAACCAAGAACUCUUUUUAAAGGACUCAACGCAUGCGCAUAAUUAAAUCAGUUACUUAAGAUGACGUCGGUGAGCUGGUUGUUAAUUGUUCGAGUUUAAUAAGUUGUUAGAUAGUUUUGUAGGUUUCGUAGUGUACCUUUUUACAUUCAUCUAUCACUGCAAAAAAAUCGGUGGAAAUCACUAAAUAAUCAUAGUAUCAUUCUCAUUAUUUAAAGGCAAACCAAUUACACCCGUGAUAAACAACAAAGAGUCGGAAAUACAUGGUUGCAAAGUCAAUGUAACGUGGAGUAGAAAAGAAAUAUGCACCAUAACGAAGAGCACUGUACGGUAUAGGGAGAUAAAGCAACUAGGCAAUGAAGCUGAAUGGGGAGAAUUAACGGUUCCUGCUACCACCUUUCGUCUUUUACCUCUGGAAUGCGACAAGGGGUAUGAAAUUGGGGUGUCUUCCUGGUUUGGAGAAGUUCAAAGCGACUGGUCAGUUUCUUGGAAAUUUAAAACCCACUCUGAAGGUGCGACAUUACCUUAUGUAUGUCCAAUAGCUGAUAGGGAUUUGGUAUAGACACUAAACCAUAAUCACUCAAACCUCUGCGAACGCCCAUAAACUGUACACUUCUAGAGAAGCUGGCACCCGCUUCUGCUCCCUCAGAAGCAAGCCACGUAGACAGUAAAACAAACGACGACGGAAUUUACCACAUGAAAGUCUUUAGAUGUUUCAAGAACAGCAACAACAUUGAACAGAUAAGCCUCCGCUUAUGGGGAGCUAAUCUGUAAUUUUCAUACUUUUAGCGAUCGUUCUCCUUCAAAUAGCCUGUCAUGACGUUUUAUGUUUACAUUUUUCAUGGCCAUCUCGAUCGUUCAACGAUCGUUCUGUUUUCAAAGAUAUUACAGAGAUGACGUCAAUGCAAUAAUUCACAUUGUUGACAGGAGAUAAAUUAUUGUUUUUUGGUUCAUUUUGUUACGUUUUGUUUCGUUUUGUUUGGUUUGUUUAUUUUUUCCUUUGUAGAGGAAAUUCUAAAGAAAGAUUUGACGGACGAAAAUUGUCAUAUGAUUAUCAUUUGCCUUUUUCCUGGAAAAAUAACUUAAUUUGGAAAGUUCUGGAAGCUGCUCAAAAUUAGAGGAUACGGUGACUGAGAAAUAGCUUCUUUGAUUUAAUUUCCUCGUGUAAGGAAAUACGUCUUUCAUCUGCUCCAGUGAACCUUUUCAUGAGGAGAGCCCCGGGAGCUUCAGCAGCUACGACGGCGACAGCGGCGAAAACGUCACUUAAAAACCGAACUCACGCUUUUUCAAACUUUAUCGCUCUUACUUCGGGUCCAUUUCGUUUAAGUUGCGAAAUGUUGGCUGAUAUUCAUAAGGGUUAAAUUCUAAAGAAUUGUAUAUCAGUUUGGAAAAGAAAAUCGCUCUCAUGUGUUCAAAUCCUCCAUAAACGUAAAACUUGGCAGUCUCACGCCGUGGUCGUAUAAUGACGGCGAAGAACCGGAACGUUACUAAAACGGGGAAAGGGGAGCAGAGAACGAGAGCAAGGGGAACGGGAAAAUGAAAAGUGGGGAACAAACAGAGAAUUGGAAAUGAAUUUACCGAGUGGGCUAGGGUUGAAGUUAGGUUUUGUUCCCAUUUUUCAUUUUCCUGUUCCCCGUGGUCGUUCACUGUUUUAGUAACAUUCCGGAGAACUGUAUAAAAAUGAGUGUUGCACGUGCAAAGUUGUUGUUCUGCUAAUACCGCUGACAAACCAAAUGCGUUUAAUUUUUGCCCUUCUCGUUGCCUUUUCGCUUCAGCGAAAACGUCUGCCAUUACUCUUGUUAUUGUAAUUAUUCUGAUUUACGCUCUCCGAAAUAUAAUAGGAAUGAUGAGAACAAUAAAAAAUAAUAAGAUUAUACGCGAUUCGUAUAUAUUUGUAUUCCAGAACAAGGUUAAUCGAACGAAUCCUAAACAGGUGCCCUAAUCCUGAAUAUACGUACGUUACAUUGAGGGUAACUAGAAUCAUCCAAGAAUACCGCUUUUUUAUAGCGAAUGCUAACAACACUCCUCAUACAUCAUAGCAAUCAUGCCGCCAAACAAGCAGCUAGUCGAUUAUUUACAUAAGCUUACUUCUUCACGAGAUCGUACGAAAUGAUCUGCCGGCACUCAGCAACUGAACUGACCCGUAGUUCUCUUAAACCCGUAGUACACGCUCUAGCUUAUCAUUUUCUUUAACUUCUUCUUCUUACUUUUUUAACCAUUCUUCAACAGCCAAGGGUUCAUCGUCAUAUACCAUGUAAUUUUCCAGGCUUUCAAAUUCUGAAGAACGAAGUGAUCCCUUUCAAAGAAGAGCUCCCAUCUCUUAAAUAAGCCGCCCCGGGUGCUACUUAAACAUUAAAGCUACUUUUUCAAUGAUGUGUAUAACUGUUACAGUUCUUAGCAUUAACGAUUGCUUUUUUCCCUCAGUGACCAGACAGCAUCUUACCAAUAAAAGUGAUCCUACAUCAGGCGGUUUCAUUAGCCAAAAUGAUCCUACAGGAGGCUCCCCUAUCGCCAAAAAUGAUACUGCAAAGAUUGCCUGGAUAAUAUUGGGAGUUUCCGUAGCUCUCUCUGCUGUGGUGGUGGGGAUAAUUGUCUACCGUAAGAGAGCAAAGAGGAAUGAUAAACGGUAUUUCAUUCAAAUGAUAGUAUCACUCAAAUUUAGAAUAUUAUUCUUUGUUGCUGAAUUGUUCCAUGAUAAAGUGUCUGGGCAUGUCUAUCUGGUGUCGUACUCACUCCCAAGCCACAACUGACCUUUCUUACAGGCCAAGGCAGUGUAACUUUUGACUAAAUUUUAUCAACUAGGAAGCCGUCCCUGAUUUAAGCGCUACCACAAGCCCAUGAUUAAUUACGAGAAAUUUCAUUGACAUUUAAUUUGCACUUUGAUCCAGUGAGUCUGACAUUGCUGAGUUUAUGUUGCUGGAAGUCCCACACGAGCGGGUUACUAUCAUGGAGGAACUGGGACGAGGCGCUUUUGGAAGAGUUUAUAAGAGCGUGAUGAGGGGGCUACCUGAAAAGAAUACAUCCUCGAAACCCAAGGAUCACAGUUUGGAUUCGCAUGAGGGACGUAUUGUUGCUACAAAAGUUCUACCAGGUGCGUGAAUGCAGAGUAUGGCAAAAAGAUAACUUACUCUUUCAGCAAACGCUAUUCACGGGAGUGAUUCUUAUUAAUAACAGGCAAGAGAGCCUCUCUUGUAACAGGUUUGAAUUAUUUAAUCCAAUAGAUGGCAAACAUUAUAUCGUGGAAAACAGCAUGUCAAUGCCCCAGUUGGUAACAGUGUGAUGUACCUCAGAGGCCCAUUUUAAAUCCUUAAAUUUUGUUUUCUACUUAUAUUAAUUAAUGACCUCCCUGAAUGUUUGCAAUUCACCACACCAUUUGCAAUGAAUAAAUUACUGUAGACAUAAAAACCUUCAGUGAGAUCAGAACGUUGAUAAGGUGUGCUCCAAGGUUAGUCGUGUUGUAAGUGGUCUUAGACAGGCUCGAGAUUAUGUCACAUUAAAUGUACUAAAAAGUAUAUAGCGCUUAAAUCGAUGCCCGUGUUCAAGCGAAAACCGAGCGGACACCUUUUAACAAAACCACACAGAUAUAAAAAAUGCAAAACAGAGCAGGCUGCAUGAUCACUUCUCAGGGCUGUGACAUGAUAACAGAUUAAUCUUUUUAAACCAAUUCAAAAUGUUAGUGCAUGCCUUCGUAAUGUGUAGAUUGGUCGUUCUCUCAGGGGCACUUAACGUCAAUAUUCGGAAAUUAUCUGUUCGGAAGAUGAUUUGAGAUCUAGAAUUUUCGGAACAUUUGUUGUAAAAUUUCUUGCUUGCCUGCCUCUCCUAGGAUUUUCCAACUUUUAAAGAAUGGUAUAAUUGCCCAUUUUUAACGCAUUUUUCCCUAAAAAGGUCACCUAGAAUUUUCGGGAACCUUUUUCCUGGUUUAAAUUUUUUCGAAAAGGUAAGUUUUGAUCCCUAUAAUGUUCGGAACACUAGUCAAGGCUCUCAGCUAGGAAAUCGGGACAGAUGAAAUAUUUUUAAGAGAUAAAAAUAUGCCUAUAUCUACUGUUUAAAUACUAAACACGCUUAACAAUGCUAUGUUUAAGUGGUUUUGAACUAUAUCCUCGUUGGGUGCCCCUAGUUCUCUCAUGUAAUCUUUCGAAAUACGUUAUUUACAUGUUUCAGUCAUCACUUGAGAACUUUAUCUGAUCGUAUGUGGCUGCAAAUAUGACCAGGUUAUUGGUUUACUUACUAGAGAACUACAUUCAUUUGGCGUCCCUUGGAGCACGAGUAGCGGAAUUUUAAAUUAUUUAUGUCCCUUCCAUAUUCAUCAUUUGUUUCAAACUUACAAAACUGUUAGGAGUUCACGAUCAUCAACCAUGAACUUGUUAAUUAAUGACACUCAGAUCAAGGCUAAAAUUUUAUCGGGCGAUAAUGCUUUUUUCGUUUUGUCCCUAAACUUUGCAAUGAUUCUCCAUAGCAUAUAGAAUGUAAAAUGGAGUUUGAAUAUUCGUUCCUCUGAGAGCAAUCUUAGUGAAAGCUUUAAAAACCUUUAAGCGUUAUUUUUAUUUCGUAGUUUUGUUCAACAAUUUUUUUUUAUUUUUUAAUGUUACGAGUUACUGCUUUCUAGUCGUUUAAGUUGAAAACAUUUAUUGUAAAGCGCCUUGGAGCUUGAUGAUGAUAAUGAUGAUGAUGACAGUGAGCCGAAAACCCUUCAUGAAACCCAUCUACAAAAGCAUACUAGGAUGUCCCUGUCUAUGCAGAGUCAGUGGAAGUGAGCCAAUUGGAUAGAUAGGUUAGGAUUACAAAAUUAAUGUACACUCAAGGAACUCAAAGAAAGUCAUAUUAUUGGAGAUGAAGAGACCCUGGGUCGAGAAUAGGGAAGCAAUUAAAGAACACAAAACGUGGCGUCUAGAAUUAAAGAAACAAGUUUCCGGACUAAAAGAUCAUCCAGCAUUACAUCAUGUUACAUGUCGUGCUUGGUGAUCGCUAGAUAAAGAGAACUAACGGUUUUUCUUUGAGACUUCGUUUUAUCUACGUCACUUAACUUAGGGAACCAAUUAUUUAACAAAUAGAUUUUUUCUCACGCAGAAAUUAGGACCUGAGCCAUUGACUGUGUUUUAUUUUCAUAGGUUAAGUGUACUUUCAUUUUAAUUAGUUCUUUUUAUCUUUACAUCUGGUUUUAGUUGUUUAGUACUAACUGAUAUCGUGUAGCAUUUACGUAGGUCACGGUUACUGGAUUUUUUUUCAAUGUCUUUCUUUUUCUUCAGAAAAUGCCACGGAGGAGGAAAAACGGCAGUUAGUUCGGGAAAUUGAGCUGAUGAAGGAAGUCGGAACACACCGUAAUAUUGUGAGCAUGCUCGGGUACUGGAUCCAAUCACAUCCCAUCAUGUUAAUCAUGGAAUAUGUUCCAAACGGAGAUCUUCUUCAGUGGCUCAGAAACAAAAGGCAACAGGUAUCAUUACUUUAUCAGCUUUUUUGCCCUUUGUUGAAAAAAUACCUGCUCUCCAUUCGAAAUAGUGCUGCGUACAGGUAUUAUUUAUAGAACUCAAACUCAGACAAACAAAUUCCUUAUUUCUGUUUGUUUUUUUGCCAUUAAAAUGUCAAGUUUCUCUGACUUUUCUCUGACGUCAUUAGUAUCCUGUGCUGCACUUUAAUUUUCUAAUGAUCAUCCUGCUGCGUGUGUUUUUUUCUUACAUUGUGUGGUCUCUUAAGGAGCUUUAAGGCAGAAGGAAAAUCCUCUAUCUCAUCACACGUCUAAGAACCAUCGUCUUCGUUAAAAAUAAUAAGAUGCUAACCAACUUGAUAUGAGAAUUUGUACAUGUUACCUAUAAUUUAAGUUCUCAAAGACAGAGGUUCACUUAAAAAUGUAGGUAUAAAUGCAACCGGACAUUUGUAUUUUCCCAAACGCGGUUUAUACAGCCAGAGUGUUUAGAUGCUAUUCAUGUAUUCGUUAAACAAAGAUCGGUAAAUACACAAAAAUAUGUGUUCAUAAAGUCAGUAAAGUUAAGCUUGCCCCGGUAGGAUCAGUUAAGGUUUCCGGGAAACUAAGCCACAUUUUACCUAAGUGAGAAGGUAGUGUUGAUGUUGUCUUUGGGGAGGGGUAGGUUGUGAGAAAAGAAAAAAAACUUGAAGUUUUGAGCGUCUCCCCCAGGGGGUUAUCCCACCCGAUAGGAUGAGGAUCUCCAUCCUUAAAUAUGGUAUCCUUGUUGCCCUUAUUGGCGCAGUGUUGCCGAUAGGGUACCGUUAUUCUAUCAGGUAAAAUUCACAUGCGUUAAUGCCCAACACACGAGAAAUAACUAAUAGAUCUGUUAAAACUGAACUUUACCGUAGAGCUGAUUAGGAGCGCGAUUUAAGGAAGUUUUUUUCUGUUUCCAUUAAAUCUUAGGUUUUGUUUUUCUCUUGAACUGGGCCUCAUUUUCCACGUUUGGGUCUUGAAUAGGAUAUUGAUUUUCGCUUGUCUCAUCUACUCAAAAUUUUUUAGAGUACCCCCCCCCCCCCCCCCAGGUGGGCCUUAACCUUUUCUGGUCAGAAUGAAUCACGGGAUUACUAAUAGUGGAGCUACGCUAUUGUUUGAGCAUGGUAACAAGACAAGAAUAGUUUACUUCAACGAACGCAUUUCAUUCUGGUAAUUUACUUAUUUUUUUAACAUUUUCCCAUGUAUUCACCGUAGUUGAGCUCCGACAUUUGUUAAACCGUUCUUGAUUCGAGCUGACAAAGGCCUUCCACUCAAAAUGCCCGUCAGCUUUUCGAUCCACGGUCUUUCAUUGGUGGCAAGAUGAGUUAUUCAAAUCAGUUGAUAACAUCAGAGUUUUUCUUUUUACCCUUCGACCGACGUAGUAGAAAAGUUUGUUUAAAAAGAACCAUCAAAAUAUUUUGGUGGAGAUAAUGAUUGUCCUUCCCGUAAGCCCUGUACGAGAUAUGAUGUCACAAGUGGCAUUAGGUCAAACCUAAUAUCAAGAAGCACACGUCGCGUUUUUGGGACUGUGUAUCUUAAAAUGUCAUAGAAAAUUGUAACAAAGCAGAAGAAAAGCUUUGUUUCUAUUGCAGUUUAAUCCAUUUGAAUUUUCCGUUGACGAUGUAAAGAAAGUUGGCCCAUAAGGUAUUCCAGGCUGGAUUUUUAGUUUAACGUCGCUUAAGUAAUCUUUCAAUUCACAUGGAUUCCUUUUAAAUGGGUAAAAAUAUUUCGGCUAACCAACUGAUAGUGUUGAAAUUGUUUCUGCUGACCAAACCGUUUCAUGAUCAGACGGAAUUCAUUUCAAUAUUUUUUUGCAGCUUACAAUGAAAACUAGUCGUCAGAGUGAUGUUGUUGAAAGGCUUAAACCUCCUGUUCCUGAGAGACCGAAAUUGGUGUCCAGGAGCCUGCAAAUAAAAGAUGUCCCGGAUGAAAACCUGAAAGAGGAGAACAGGGAAAUAAAUAAUGAAGAAAGUGGAAAAGACGGUGGUUACCAUUGCAGCGAGACGAAGAAAAUUAAAAUCGACCUGGACGACGUUGAAAGAGGAAUUCUAAUCAACGAUGCUCCUCGAUCUGAGAUGGAACCCCUGUGCUCAAACUUGGAAGACGAAGAUGACAAGGAGGAAGAAGAAAGUGACGAUGUCAACACAUCAUUUCUACAAAAUGAAGGGCGAAAGGGACCGGUUGCGUCGGUGAUGGUGUUACCUUCGAUCAGUAUUGCCCAUUUCUCCAAAGAAGAAGAGCUCACUCCUGCUGAGCCCUUAAGAAACGUCGAAGAAAAGAUCACCAUCGAGAAAGAAGAAAGCAGCUGUGAGGGCAAGGAAGAUGAUGAAGAAGACAUUUCUGGGAAAGAAGUCUUAUGUUAUGCGUGGCAGAUUGCUAAAGGAAUGGUAAGAACUUUUUCGACUGAAGAAUGCUUUGAGCAAUUUAGUCAUCGUUUGCAAAUAACAAGAAUCUGCCUCUUCCCCGUAUCAAUACUUUAAUACAAGUUUUUCUGCGUCUGCAAAUAUAUGCUAUUCGUUCUUGAGACGGCAGAUUUUUCAAGCAUUCAAAUUUCUGCGUUAUUUAUAACAGACCAUAGUAGCGCUAACUACUAUCUUGCUGAAUUUUUCGUGAAACACAACACAUAUAAAAUUGAGCCGUUUGAUUUUAAAAAAGGUCAAAAACGAGAAGCCUAAAAAUCACAUGGAGCCGUUGUGAAGGCACCUAUUGAAAAAUCAAGUCUGUUCGUAUUUUCAAAAAGGUGUCUAACGAAUUCAGCCAUAUGACCGGAAUAAGGCUAAACUAUCAGUUAUUUCAUUUGAAUCGUACGAGCCUGAUAUACAGGGAUGUAGCCAGCUUUUCGACUAGUUGUAGGCCUGGCUGCCUUUCCACAUAUCCUGAAAAUUGUACGCAUGUCCAGUACGCAAUGACCUCACCAACACUUUGAGCUGUUAUGUUUUUUAAGCUCGCCCCAACAACGCAUAACUUAUUACAAGCGGUAGAGUGAUCCAAUCAACAAUUUGAAGGCCCGGGUCUACAGGACUAUGGGCUGGCUACGCCCCUGACAUUCAUGACAGAACAGGAAAAGAAAGCAAAAAGGAGAGGAAAAGAAAAGAAGGGAAGUAGAAAAAAGAAAAAGCAAUGGUUAAAUUUGUUUUCGGGACUGGAUGACUGAGCAGCAAGGACUAGAUAAAUCUUGACUCCUGUAAUCGGGAUCUUGGAGAGCACAAUACACGGUCUGCAAGUGGAACUGAUGGCUGAAAGGAUUGCUUUUCGCAAACGGCAACUAUGAUGGUAUUUGCUAACUAUUGUAAGCUCAAUUGAUAUAUCUGGUGGCUCUUCUGUAUAUUUGGCUUUUGGGUUUCGCAAAUAACACCCUCCCGGUGAUCCGCAUAACUCUGCCUCAUCCAAUAACUGCUGUUGUUUAUUCAUUAGUAUGAAUGAACAUUUUUAACGAAAAAAUCUGAUCUUUAAAUGAAUAAUGUUCACCAGGUAUGCCGUUUUGGGUGACCUCGAAAUAGAAAUCAGCAGUAUAGUAAGAAUCAAUAGGUUUUUUUUUUCUUUUUCGGGCGUGGCAGUCUAAGGAGGGCUUUAUUCCACUCACCCCAAGUCUCCCUGAAAAACAGCAUUUAAUUAAGUGUCAACAGGUGUCAACGGGCUUUCUUCCGCGAUUGAAAACAUAACUGAAAACCUUAUUUUUCAGCCAAUAUUCAUCCCUUCCAGUUAUCGAGGGUAAAAUUGUACGAAAGUGAUCUGAAGGGAAACAAAAAUUACUUCGAGUUAGCGGGAGUUUCGAGUUAUCGAGGGUUCGAGUUACCGAGGAUAAAUUACAGUAAAGGAAAUCCAGGGGAAACGGAUUCUGGUACGAGUUAGCACAAGGUUCGAGUUAGCAAGGGCUCGAGUUAUCCGGAGUCGAAUUUAGUUCACUUAGCUUGUUCAACUUUGACGGCUUUUUGUGCUGAAAAGUAUACGUCGCGGGGAUAUUGUAAACCAAUUCCUUAAUUUGUUUCUUCGUUUUCCAACAGCUGGGACGGAAAUCCUCCCUCCAUUCUUCAUGAAUAAGCCGAAGAUUACUUCCUCCCGCUUUCCGGACCGUUUGUCAGGCACAGCUUGCAGUAGCCUGUUUCAGGCUCUCGAUAGUAGGGGUGGCACCGGCAAAAAUAAGGCAAAAAAGCGUAAGGCACCGGCAAAAAAGUGUAAAGCACCGGCAAAAAUAUAAAAGCGUGAUCUAUGAAAAAGGGGCGGUGACGGGCUAUUUUUGAGCCUGGAACAGAUGUUUCAUUGCACUUGGUUGCUUUUCCGCCAAAUCGUUAAAUUAGGAGUUCGUUUACAACGAUAUCCCGAUUAAACUGCUAUCCCCCUACCAUAUCGUAAAAUCGAGCUUCCAUUUUAAUUUCAUAUUGGAAUCUGGUAACUGAAAAUUCUUUGAGAAAUAAUUUCGUUAUUUCUCUGCCAGGAAUACUUGGCCAGCAAAGGAUUCAUUCAUCGUGACCUGGCAGCCCGUAAUAUCCUACUUGGUGAGGACAGAGCGGUGAAGAUUGCUGAUUUUGGUUUGUUACGCCGCGCAAAUGAGAGUGGAAUAUACGAAGUUACGAGCGUACACAAGCUACCAAUGAAAUGGAUGGCACCUGAAGCGUUGGCAAGCGGCGUUUUUACUUUCAAGACUGACGUGUGAGUAUAUGUUAACGAGGUCACAGUUAGGCCAAGCUUAGCCUUCCUGUGAUGCAGUGUGAAGUUGAGGUUUUAGAUAACAUAGACCCUGCAAUGUACUGUUUAGAACUGUCUUGAAAAAAAAAGAGCGCAGUUUUGAUCAUGACACUGUCUACAGUAGCGGUUAUCACUCUAUCUCUAAAGAAAUACUCAAGUGUUUGGAAAACAUUAGCCUGUUCCAGACGUGAAACUUGAAAGUAAGAUAUAUAAACAGAAACUUUGAGCCGAUGAAGUUAACCAGAGACCAUCUUGGAUCCUAGAUUCCAGGCUCCACAUCCCGCAUUCCAGAUACUAGAUUCCGGAUUACAGCUCAGUGUAUUCCAGAUUUCAAAAGGCCUAGAUUCCAGAAUUUCAUAGUUAGCUGGAUUUCGGAUUCCAAAGUCCAUGAAUCCAAGCAAAAAUUUCCUGGAUUACCAUCCAUGGGGCGAGAUAAACAAAAUUGAUAUUUCUAUGAAGUUAAUUCUUGCAAUUUCUUUAUCUGCUUCCUUUUAUUGCAGAUGGUCUUUUGGAGUUGUUUUGUGGGAACUAGCCACCAUGGGUAAGCUAGUUUUAUAAAUCUUUGUAUACUGAUGCUAGUAGAAUAAUACUCUAGUCAUUUUCCUAUACCAGAGGGAAUUGAGAGGAAUCUCCAAUGACAGUAAUUAGGGAAAAGCUGACUGUUCAGUUUUCGUAUAGCAGUCACGGGAGAAUCGAACCGCUUUAUAAAAGAAGCCAUUCUCGCGUAAUGUCGUGAUUGCUAAACAACUAGAAAAAAUAAUAGGCUAUCUUCCGGCGCUCUCCCAGCCGUCUUUACCGGGGAGUAGCGCAGGCUCAUAAUAAUCCAGCCUGUAACUUCAUACCCUUAACCACCACCUGAUCUGAUAUCACGUGUCACUUGGCGAAAUGAAUACUCAGUAAUGCUAAACUUGUACAUUACGUUAUUUUAAUCCCUCCUGGAGGUUGGUAAAUUGAUAAUACAUGAUGGUCAUUGAACUGAGUGGAGAGCAAUUUGGUCUGAAAUCAUACACCUGAUUUCGCGAGCGAGUUCGACUUGAGAUCGGAAGUAUGAUUUCAGACUAAAAUUGCACGACACGAAGUGAAAUUAUCACUUUAUUACAGCCAUUUUGAAAUCGCAGAAUUCAAUCCGUACCAACAGUGAUUGGCCGUGGCACCAGACAAGUUAGCUCCUUAUCCCCCAUACUCGUUAACAUAUAUUCUGAAGCCAUGCUAAGUGAUGCUUUAAGUGGCGUGAAUGAAGGUAUUCGAGUGGGAGGUCAUCUCAUUAAGACAGUGCGCUUUGCGAAUGAUCAAGCAACCUUAGCCAGUUCAGUUGAAGGUCUGCAACUUAUGAUGGGUAAAAUGCAGGAAAGCGCGGGGGAAUAUGAUAUGAAGAUCAAUGUUAAGAAGACUAAGGUGAAGAAAAUCUGAAAGAGGCCUGUUGAGGAAUUCACGAUCUUUCUUGAGGGUAAAGAAUUAAGUCAAGAAUCGUCGCACUUUAACUGCCUUGGGAGCCUCAUUACACAGGAUGGAUCCUGUGAAAAAUAAAUUAGACCGAGAAUAGCCCGAAAACGCGUUUACUAAGAAAAAAGAACGGCGGACAAAAGCCUUCACCGCGCUAGCCUUUGCCUGAAGAAGAGAAUUAUAAAGACUGUCAUCUGGGGUGCUCUCCUGAAUGGAGCCGAAUGAUAGACCUUAAAGAAAGAGGACGUGCGAAGGCUGGAGAGCUGUGGGAUGUGGCUUUGGAGAAAGGUUUUAAACAUAUAUUUGUCUGGCAAAGUCUGUAACGAAGAAGUAUUGAGGCGUGACGGUGAGGAGAGGGCCAUCAUAUCUGUUAGAGAGUCUGGCUUGGUCAAACCCUACGACAUGGUGAUCAUGUCCCAUUAGUUAUUGAGGGAAGAAUACCAGGAAAGAGACCACCUGAAAGACCUCGAGCGAGAAUGCUGGAUAAAGUGAAGGAUGGCAGCUCUUACGUAGCGGUCAAGAGGCGUGCCUUAGAUCGAGAACCAUAAGGAAGGGCUUGCCUAUGGGCAGAUCAAAUAGCCUGUUGAAAAGCGGAAACAAAAGGGCUUUUACAUCUCAUUUUGUAUUCGAAACAGAAAUGAUGCGAUAUAAAGCAAAGUGCGACGGUGCUACGUGGUUUAGAACAUAAAUAACGCGAUUUAGAACAGAUCUGAUUGUGUGAUUCGUAAAUAAGUCACACUACUGAGAGCGAAUCAGAUUUCAGGGAUCACCAGCGAUUUCAAAAUGAAAAAUUAGAAAAGCCUGAUAAUCUUUGAUCAGACAGCACUGAUCUUUAUUUUGUUAUUUUAGGGGGAACUCCAUACCAUGGAAUAACCCCUAUGCGGCUAUGCAGUUUACUUAAAUCUGGAUAUCGGAUGGAGAAACCCAACACGUGCAGCGAUGAAAUGUAAGUCAGAAUAGAAAUAAAAACAGACAUCUGAAUAGAGGGCACGAUGAAGAAAUUGUCAGCCUUUUCAAAGGAGUGGAAACUGCAGCGUGCCUCUUUCCUUUACGUUACCUCGUUCUAAAAAGAGCCUAUAGAACAUAAGUGUCUUCAAUAUUCAAAGUAAACGGAGACAUAUCUUUGUGUAGCGGUAUUUUAAACUAUGGCUUCCUUUUUCAACAGAUACAAAUUGACGAUGGACUGCUGGAAGGAGGAUCCAAAUGAACGACCCUCAUUCGUUCAACUAAUACCGAUACUGGAAGAGAUGAUGACAGAAGAUACCCCUUACUAUUGUUUCAGACUACUGGAUCAGAACCAGCCAUGUUACCGUGAGGCAUCUGCUAAUAACACCAGUAAAACUAGUACUUUUGAUACCAAGUUGUAA